UUAUCAAACAACAGCUUUUCCCAUAUUCCUGCAGCGUUAUUCCAGAAGUACAAGAACAUAACAAAGCUGUAGGUAGAAAUGUUAUAAAGAGAGUGUGUCAGAACUAUUUGAACCGCGUGAAAGCCCAGCAAUUGACAAGUUAACGGAUCUGAUUCUGGUCUUAUUUAUUUGAUCUUAUUUAGCCAAAACGGGUAUAUGCCGCUGAAUAGGAUAUCGUUCUUAUGGUUUUCUACAGGGUAUAUAAUUUGAUCACUAUAUAUUCAGUCUUGAACAGGGUUUUAAUUGCGUAAUGUAGCAGUUGUUCGGAAGAGAAGUCACCAAUGGUGCGUUUCGUGACCCCAAACAAUGCUAAAACAAUUGGAGGAAUGACAUGCCAUUGUUUCCUGCGACCAAUUAGGAGAGACCUUAAGAGAAGCCCCUACACUACCCUUUCAAUAUUUGAUCAGAAGCUUUAAAAAAGUGUGAAGGUUGGCGGUGAAUCCAAUAGACCCGCACCGUACUAAACCUCUUAUUUCAGUGGUCCCCUUUAAUCUGCACUUCCAUUGUUUUCAGGGAUAGGGGCAUUGCUAUGUGACAAUCCCUAUUGUUUUCCCAGCUAAUCAAAAACAAUCUUUCAAAUAGGUGGGGGAUCGCCCGGUGAAUCAGGUUCGUCAAGUCAGGUCUCUUGGUUUAAAAAACAGGGUAGCGUUCACAGGCGUAUUUCGGAAAAGAACAACUUGGAACUACAUGCCGUGAGAAGCAUAUAGAAGGGGGGUAUAUGCUUCUCACUCUAGAAAUAUUGGUCAUCGCACGGUAAAAUACGUAAAUGGGGUGGAAAUAAUAGUUAAGGCAAAUGUUACAUCCAAACGCUCCAAAAAUUUGCGGUCGAAGAGAUUUGAGACAAAUUUAUGGGUUUUCGUACGCCAAAAUUACGAUCACUCGAUCGCGACCCUGCAAUACAAAGUUUUUCAUAACCGUUUGUGUUUGUGAGACUAAUUCUUAAUGUAACCUCUUUGUAUAACAGAAUAUUAGAUGACAAUUUGCUACACAACCUUACAUCAGAGUGGUCGUUGGCAGACUUUCCAUCGCUUGAAUACCUGUAAGUAUCUAAUCAGAAACAAGAUGCUACCAAAGUGUAUACUUCGGCUCUAUGAUCAGAGACUUAGUUCGUUCAUUCAGUGAAAAAUGUAUAAGAAUGCGCCAUUAAACGGAAGAUUGUUCACGGUACAUUCAAUAUUCAGCCAUUACACAGAAAGAUUCGGAAAAAAUUGAAUUUACGAGCAUUUGUAUAUGAACUCUUAAAUAGUGUAUUCAUUUACAUGUACAACCAAUAAUUACUUUCUUAGGGCCGGUCUUACAUAAUAGGUGGGGUGACCCACCACAUGUUACCUCAUCUAUCUGGGGUCCCCCACUUCAAUGUAAACAGGCCCUUAAUAACAACAUUGCAUCAAUCUUAUAUGAUUUAUUUCUUACCUAAUUAAGGCACGUUUAUUACAGAAAUUAAAACAAAGAGUAAAAGAAUUAAGAUUACAAGAUUGCACGGAUUGCUAUAUAAGUUGUGAGAGUGGGGGAAGGAGACUAGGAAGUAAAAGGCUUCUAAAGUUCAGAAAGAACCCCUCUGGAUAUGAUUUUACUGGGGUGAAAUAAAAUGGAAACUAAAAGGUUAUAGAAACACAAGGAUUUGGCUGGAAAAGAAAGUUGAAAAUGAUGCAGACUAUGAAUUAAGGUGGCAAGAAUUUGAGAAAGAUAUUGGGAGAGAAUUUUGAAUGUUUGGUUGUCGCUGUACUUUUAGUAGCCCAAGUCGAAGACAACUCACAACACGAAGCCCACGAAAGAACUCAAGUUGCUCAAUACGCCCUCCCCCUUUAAGAUAGUCUACUGCAGGUUUUUGACAAGGUGACACAAAGCAAAGAAAACGCAGCUGCAAUAUUUCAUCAUUGGUUGCAUUCAAGAGAAAUAUGGAGGCCAUAUUCAAAACACUAAUGGCUUUUAAGGAAUUUAUUUGAUAUCAAUUCUAAGGUUUUACCAUGCAGGUCCAUCCAAAGGAACUCAAUAAGAUCAGUGGAAAGCAAUUUUUUCAGAGGACUCAAUCGACUGAAAUAUUUGUGAGUGUUUUAUUUAAUUUUGUCGUAAGUAUUUAGUUAAUCAACUGAUGACACUUUUUUUCACAGAGGCCUGAAAGUCGCUUUCCUGGCAAUUAUAGCUUGAAUUUUUCAGUAACUGAUCGAUAUUAGGCGCUUAUAAUGUUUGAAAGAGGAGAAAACGGUGACUGUUAUCAUGUGUAACUUGGUAGUAUUAAAACAGGUAUCCCUUCACUUUUUUCAACUUCCAUGCCUUGUGGAAGGCAUGAGACCCCCCCCAAAAAUGACAGCUUUAAGAUUACACCAAAGACGGGCAUUUUCUCAAAGGGGCUGUCUCACGGCUGUCUAUUUCAUUUUGUCUUCUUGGUUUGCAACCACGUGACAAGGCGGCCAUGUUGGGGGCCAAUACAACAAAAAUUGUUUCUCCAAGAAUUUACAUAAAAAUAUAUUUUAUUUUCCGGGGGAGAGAAAUGCUUUUGUUCUUAACCACCACCAUGGCCGCCCUGACGUCACCUGCAAACAAGCAAUUGCCAAUUACACGUCAUUUUUCGCAGUGCGACUUGACGCUAGCGAAGAAAUUACUAGCAAAUGACAAAAUCUUUGCUUCACUGAGUCAAAAAAAGAUAAACGUGACAAACAGCAAACAUGAACUUUAAGAAACAUUUAAGCUCACGCUGACAUGCAAGUGUUCACCACAAUUGAAAUUAAAAGAGAUAUUGAAGUUUUAAUCUUUUUCAAAUUUUCCCAAGCGUGCCUUAUUUUGUAAUGCUGUGCUGUUUAUUGCCUCUUAUUCCUACUAAUGUUUUGAGCGAUUAUUGUUGUGCUUCACUCAGUGUGGUGGCCGCUCUCGAUGUUUGAAUUUCGAUAAAUCUCGUGACACAUCUCCUUUAGUUAUAUACCGUAAAAAUUCCGAAAAUAGGCCCCGGGGCUUAUAUUUUUCAAAGGUCCUUUUUAAGGGGCUUAUUUUUGGAGGGGCUUAUAUUCGGAGGGGCUUAUGUACGGAGGGAAAUUUGCGUUUCAAAAUCGAUUGCGCUAGCCUAUAGUUGGAAGGAAAUUUACCGUUUUUGCUUUGUUUUACGGUGUAUUUGAGGGCAAUUUCCAAGUACAAGCCCCCCAGGGGCCUUAUAUUCGGAGGGGCGAUUUAACAGAGGGUUUUUUGCGUUACGAAUUUGGGGGGCUUAUAUUUGGAAGGGCUUAUACAAGGAGGGGCUUAUUUUCGGAAUUUUACGGUAUAUAAGAAAAUAUAUGCUAUUUUUUUUUUCUAGGAAUCUUGGUCUCAACGACAUAGAAAGAUGGUCUGGUAACCAGUCCCUUAACACGCCUAAUCUUGAACUCUUGGACAUCACAGCAACAAUCAGCUGGGAGCCAGAUGAAAAUAUCCUGGCUCUUCCGAAACUUAAAGAACUUAAAGGAGUUACAUGGUGCAAAUUUUGUCCAAAUUGUACAGUCAUAAAUCCGCGAAAUCUUGUUGAUGAGUCAGAGCGCAAACGAAAGGCUGAACAAUGCCUUGAACAAUUUGACCAAAUGAAGUUCCUCGAAUUUGGAAAGAAGGAUCCGAAAAGGUUUAUAAAGCAUCGGUUUUUACCAGAAUGCAUGUGCGUGAGGCAAUCGGAAUGUGAAUUUCGACACGUUGUGAUGCCAUAUUUCAAGAAGCGAACCUCCUUACCACAAAAGCUUUUCUACUUGGAGUACUUUCUUAGUCCCUUCACCAUCCUUCUGAACAUAAUUGUUAUCCUGAUAGUGCUGUCAUCCCGUUCCCUGCGUAACACGCCGUCAUUUAUCUUAAUCUGUCAUACGGGAAUUAUCGACUUGCUGAUCGGUAUUUACGCAAUCUGGGUGGCGUACACGAACAUCUCUAACAUCGACGGUAUUUUAGAAGAAAUAAUGUGGACUGGAAAAGAGGUGCAACCUUCCACAGGACCCAUCUUCAUCUCAGGGCAGCUUAUCUCGGUGUCUAUUGCACUGCUUCUUACACUCGAAAGAUACCUCGCUGUUGUUUACUGUAUAGCUCCUUCUAAGCGCAUGACCGCUAAGGGCGCUCACAUCUCUUUGUCAUUUGCCUGGGGCAUAGCAAUAACGUUUGCGAUCUUGCCCAUAUUUGGUGUUGGAGGUCUACAUUACAACAUCAAACGGGCUUGCACUCCUUUGAGUUAUGACGAACAGUUUGAUUCCGGUUCCUCCCUGAUUCUAGUGACUUCUCUCACUGUCAUACUGCUCUUGUACUCGGUAACUCUUCCCUUGUACAUCCUACUUUUCCGGUUUGUGAAAAAGAGCAGUAACCAGGUCGGUGUCAAGCGAGAGCUGUCGCUUGCAAAAAAGAUUGCCGUUUUGGUUUUCACAAACUUCAUUUUCUUUGCCAUUCCAAUACUCCUGAUCCUUGUGGUUUCAAUUUUUGCCAAUCUCGACAACAACCCCUUCGAUUUUGACGGCGAUGCUUUUAAAAGCACUGUUUUCAAGAUUGCCAUUGGCCAGUGGUUGCCGGUCACGUGUCUGAACAUCAACUCCCUAUCGGAUCCUUUCCUGUAUGCUUUCAGACAUGCGCAUUUCAAGCGGGAGAUCAGACGCAAACUUAACCGUCUCUGGUCCAGCUCGGUCUUUCCUUCUCUGGCCCCCAUGGUUAUGUUCAAUUCCUUUGGAGAUACCAUAGCAGAUGCAGCUGACGCACAAACAAGAAAAACGGUAGGAAUUGAAUUCCAGACACAAUGUAACAAGACCAACGAAAACACGCUUAACUCAAGCAACGAAGAAUUGGAGUUCAAUAAAAUAGAAAAGUAA